AUGGACGAUUUGGUCGAAAGCAUUGAAGGCUUGCGCUUUAAGAACAAGAACAUCGAGGCCCGCUUCUUUGUGCCUGAGGGACAGUUAAUCAGUGUAAUGUCUGAGCCUCGAAUUCGCAUGGCUCUUCGUGAGCUCGGUUUACACUUCUAUCAGCACGAGGAGCUUCUUUCCAAGAUCAUCGAAGGUGCUAGACGUUGCUUCGCCAUUCUGCUCUUGAUACAAUGCGGUCGCCAGAUUCUGGACUUCUUCAGGAAAGACGCGCUGCAAAGGUCGCAUCCUGACGAUCGCCUUCCGUUCGAGCCAAGCUCACUUGCCGGAUUGUUCGAUGUGAAACCCGAUGACUUGAAAGUGCAACGCUUCCUCGAGAAGCAGUGGGAAUUUUCCACUCCAUUCUUUUCCCGACUUCUCUUGACGCGCGAACUUGGGCAGGGGACCAUACUACCCAUCGUCCAUCAAGAGGAGAUAGGGGAAGGUUCUCUCGGAAUCGCAUAUAGAACUACGAUACAUCCUCAAUGUCAUAAACUGCCCAUCGAGGCAAACAAGGUCGUGAGAAAAGAGAUCAAGAAGUCUGCGGGACAAGCAGAGCAUGCCUUUGCGCAAGAGCUCCGCAAUCUGUCCCUGCUAUCACAUCUCAAACACCCGAACCUUGUAGAGCUUUUCUGCUCGUACCGCUUUCGCGAUGCUUUCACGUUCGUCUUUGAUGAGGCAAACGGGGGUACUCUUGCGCAGCUGCUUCGCGGAGAUUUGGUAGCGCCGUAUUUCUCGAAUCCUGAACCCUUGUCACGUCACAAUCAUCCGCUGUUCGCAGCUUUGGCGGACCUCGCUUCUGCUGUUGAGACUGUACACAACUUCUCUUCGGUUGUACUGGAUGUGAAGCUGACCGGGUGCCACCACGACAUAGCUCCACGUAACAUCUUCGUCCGCGGUAGAACUCUUGUUCUCGGAGACUUUGGGUUAUCUACCUUCAAAGCGGAAGAAGAAGGUUCCUUGACAGCUUUGAAAGAGACUCGAUCGGACUACACCGCACCCGAAUGCCAACGGUUCCAUGGGGGUCUGAUCCAAAACGCCGAGGUUACGAGAGCAAGCGACAUAUGGUCCUUUGGUUGUAUCCUUGCUGAGGUUGCAACAUUCUUGGCCGAAGGCUCUAAGGGGUACAUAGCUGUGUUUGGCCUGGCUCGUCUCGUAUCAGCAGCUUGGGAGCAGCUUGGAGACUUGAAGGGCGCCGCCGAUCUAAGACUGGGGCGAAUGAACUUCGAAGGCUGGAGUAAUGCCUUUGAGACAUUCUAUCACGACAGGCUACGUCGGCAGCCCCAAGGUGUUGAGGUACCGACAUUCCAGUUUGAGCUGAUCCAAAGCGAGCUCCAAAGCAUGUCCGCAUUUCUCGGCAGUCUCGCAGACAAGAACGACGACUACAGGCGCAGAUAUUUCAAGCAGGUUCAACAAAUCCAUGUUCGGUUACUCGGUGCACUCCCCAUUCAUUGCCGCGGGUUGGCCAAAACUCACUCGGAACAAUUGAUAUUGCAAGACGUCCAAAUCGAUGGUUUCGAUUUCGGCCCGGCAGCAGGGGCCAGUAAUGCGGUGAGCCACGAACUCGGCUUACUCGUUACUGUGAAGCUGUUGAUCGAAAAGGAGCGGCAGGGGCUUCUGAGCGAAAAGCGUGGUCUCUUCCUUAAAGAUCAGGAUGUCAAACUGCUCGAUGACAUUGAGCAACAUACCCGGGCUUUAAUAGAGCGAAACGAGGGUAGAUUCCUGGUAGAAUGGGUGGAAUACAGCUUUGCGUGGGCAGACGAUGCAACGGGAAGACAGUUCCGGGACCGUGUUGCUUCGGUAGCAAGCUUACUGCAUAACGACGACGCCGCCCGUAUUCCGACGAAGGGAGCAGACCGAAAAGAAUGGGCACAAACACCGAUCAUGCUAGGAUUCGCCAGCAGUCGACAGAACGAGGCGGACGCUGCUACGCUUGGCCCUGACAACAGACUGAACUAUCAUCACCCGGACUAUCUGCAGAAUAAAUCGAGAUAUCGUCAGGAGUACGACUAUUACAGCAUGGGUAUGAUGCUUUUAGAAAUCGGACAUUGGGCGCCACUGGUGACACUUACUGAGAGUAAGCGGUUCCGCGGCCUGGGGCCGGAGCAGUUCACCAAGGAGAUUCUGGACACGCGUCUAGCCCAGCCAACUCUUGGUAACGUAGGGGCUGGCUUGACUGCAACUGUGACUCAAAGGUUCAUCAGGAAUGACUUCGAGCUCGCUUUCAAGGAGGUCAGCUCUAAGAGUGCCUUCCUGCUAGAGCUCAAUUUUGUGAGCGCACGCGCUCUUCGGACACAUCCCUUUAUUACUACCUUACAAGGCGUCGGCUGGAAUGUGGACAGUAAAAAAGAGGGCAGCAAAUGGCUUAUCAAGCCGGUCCUUAUCUUCGAGAAGGCCACUCAUUCAACGUUAUGGUCAUUCAUGCAAGGUCUUGAAGGCAGAUCUCUCAGCGAUACGCAAAGACUGAGUCUUUGCAUACAACUAGCCAUCACUGUCGCCGAUCUGGAAGAAAAUGGUGAGCACGAUGGUUUCAGGGAUUGA